AUGGAUGAAGAAAAAGACAUUUACAAGUCUUGGCUAACACGAAACAUAACUUACUGCAGUGAUGAGCAAGAAAUGUAUAUUGGCUAUUCUAAGUUGAAAAAGUUGACCGUGUUUGAUCAUUACAUAGACAAAUACAUUGUCUUUGACUCCCUUGAGGCAUAUUGGGAAAUGACUGAUAACACACCUACAGAAUACCGAUGCUACGAGGAAGUAGUAUUUUCUGAUGCUCCGCAGUCGCCUGUUAUUGAAGUUUGUUUAUCUUCUACUACGAGAUUUUCAGGCACUAAGAUUGUGGAGAUUCUUCGUACUAUACUGGAUGUGAUGCUUAAAAUUUUUCGAACACAUUACACUGAUUAUGCUAAUAUGGCUAAUAUCCCUUCUGCCCUAAAUGAUUUCGUAAUUAUGGAUGAAAUCGUUCAAAGAGAUGGGACCUGGUAUUAUUACUUUCAUAUCCAAACUACGUCAUUCUAUUUUCCGAGUUAUUACUAUUGCGCAGAUUUCCGAGAAAAAGUCUGUGAUUCGCUUCCUAUUCAUAUUAGUUCUUUGAUCACACGUCCUACAGAUUAUAUCUUUCAGCUGGUAGGAAUUUCUGGUUCUUAUUUACUUAGUCUCGAGAACCAUAAACGUAUUACACCCUACAGCCAGUUUCUUGGAACUAACACUUCUGUCGACAGGAAUAACCUUUUUGUUUCAUGUUUUUCUCCUAAGCACGAUGUUAACGCUCAUGUACCUCUCUGUCUUAAGAGCACUAAUCAAGAGCCUUUUGUUACACAAACUGUGUCUGCUAUGCACUCUAUUACAGAAGAACAAAGUAAAGACUCUGAAUUGCUCCACAAUGUUGUCCCUUGUGACAUUGACAUUGUCAGUGUUAGCUCGGCUGAAAAACAGGAUGACCGCAAAGAACAUACUCUAAGUGAAUUUCAACCCGUCUCGAACACAGAGCAGAAUGGAAUCCAUAACAUGUUAGGAAAUAUUACCGUCUUGGACUCUGAUGAAAUAACCACAGUAGAUUACAAUGGCGUACAAUUGGUUGCACCAUCUUUUGACCUACCUGCGUCCUCUGUUUUCUUUAUCACCACGGAGUCUAUGGAAAUGUUUCAGCCGUGUGAAAAUUCAGAGUUGAUGCUGACUGUUUACACCGUAAUAAAGUUUAUUGCUGUCAUGCUAGCAGUAUGCAAUAAAAGAGGGAUUGAUUCGGAUAAUUGUGUGUUCCAUUCGAAGAAGGUACUUCAUUCCCUUGGGAGGCCUAUUUCAUUUACUGCUACUUCCUCAAAAAGCAAAUACACAUUGAGGACAGCUCGUCGAAGGAAAAAUAUGGCAUACGAGACCAGGGGAUACCAACGAAAUUGUAGAAACGCAGAAGAGGGAUCACUAACAGUGCUAAAUUGUUCUCGCCGUGUGUUGAGAAUUCCUCUCACACGUAAUUCAUUAACCGUAGGUUCCGAAGAUUUACGCAAUUGCCUAUCAAGGCAUCUAGUAGGAAUUAUACUGCGAUACAUUUGUCUGAAUAUGACAAUUACCCUAUGUGUACGAAGUUCUACAUUAGGAACACAUUGCGAAGCAGUUCCCUUCAGACAUUUUCCCUAUGAACUGACAGUCUUGCUGCUCAACCACGCUGUUAACAGAGGAGGUUCUAGGAACCCUACGUUCAUAGGGCAAAACGGUCAGGUACGAAGUAGAAAUACGGAGAAUAAAAACGAUUCAGGAUUUGCAAAUCGGCAGACGUUUACCUUCAUUUUAGAUGGCAGAGACCCCACUUCGUAUCCUCCAGGGAGCACUAUGUCGAACGAAGAAUCAGGGAGCACUAUGUCGAACGAAGAAAUAGGGGACUAUGUCGAACGAAGAAAUAGGGGAGGCUAUGGUGAACGAAGAAAAUAG